CUCUUGCACUCAACUCAAACCAAACUCAACAAUAAUGAUGGCCAUAACCAAAACCCUCUCCAUCUUCCUCGUCCUCGCCACCACAUACCUCGCUGCUGCCAGGGCAGCACAGUUUGACAUAAUCAACAAAUGCUCCUACACCGUCUGGGCCGCCGCGGUGCCCACCGGAGGCGGCCGGCAGCUUAACUCUGGCCAAACAUGGACCAUUCAGGUUGCUGCCGGCACGACCGCAGCACGCAUUUGGGCCCGAACAGGAUGCAGCUUCGACGGUUCAGGAAACGGACACUGCAACACCGGCGACUGCGGCGGUCGGCUCCAGUGCAGCGCAUACGGCCAACCACCGAACACGCUGGCAGAAUUCGCCCUAAACCAAUACAACAACCUGGACUUCUACGACAUAUCCUUGGUGGACGGUUUCAACGUUCCCAUGCAGUUCAGCCCCACCUCAAACGGGUGCACGCGCUCCAUUGGCUGCACUGCCGACAUCAUCGGACAGUGCCCUAGCCCGCUGAAGACUAAUGGCGGCUGCAACAACCCUUGCACUGUUUUCAAGACGAAUCAGUAUUGUUGCAAUUCUGGUAGCUGCAGCGCCACUGAUUAUUCAAGAUAUUUUAAAACUAGGUGCCCUGACGCAUACAGUUACCCUAAGGAUGACCAGACAAGCACGUUUACUUGCCCCGGAGGAACCAACUACAAGGUUGUCUUUUGCCCUUGAACCUCCCGUACACCGCCGCUAAUUAAUUAUGUUAAUUAGCACCUCCAAAUAAAGGGCCCACUUUGUACGUCUUGGGCGUAUAUAAAUCUGUCAUUAAUAUGAUAAUUAACACAUGGAGUGUUCUUAAUAAAUUAUUCAUGGUGACAAUAAAACAUUAAUGCUGUGUGUACAUUUUCAUUCUCAUUACAGUUAGUA